CGCAAAGGUGCCGCUUAUCGCGGUCUGGGCGAUCUCUUGGCUGCCCACGACGCAUAUGAAGAGGCUCUGAAGCUGGAGCCCACCAACGAUCAGGCUAAGAACGGCUUCAACGCUGUCAAGAGGGCCAUCGACGCCGAAGCCCAGGCCGACGGUGUGACGGGUGACCCCAUGGGAGGACUCGGUGGAAUGUUCAACGACCCCCAGCUCUUCCAGAAGCUUGCUGGCAACCCCAAGACCGCUCCCCUGCUGGCCGAUGCCGACUUCAUGGCCAAGCUCAAGCGCCUGCAGCAGAACCCCAACGACAUCGGUCAAGAGAUCGGCGACCCCCGCUUCUUGCAGGUCAUGAGUGUGCUGCUGGGUAUCGAUAUGAACUUUGGCGCUCCCCCGGCGGAGGCCGCUGCUUCCUCUAGCGCUGCACAGGAGGCUGAGGAGGAUGUGCCUAUGCCCGAUGCUCGUCCCGCUGCUCCCAAGAAGGAGCCCGAGCCCGCCCCGGAGCCCGAGGCCGAGGAUGAGGAGGCCCUUGAGAAGAAGAAGGCCCAGGAAGCCGCUGAUGCCGAGAAGAAGCUUGGUAACGAUUUCUACAAAAAGAGAGAGUUUGAUGGGGCUAUUGAGCACUACAACAAGGCCUGGGAGCUGCACAAGGACAUUACUUACCUGAACAACCUCGGUGCCGCCAAGUUCGAGAAGGGCGAUCUUCAGGGUGCCAUCGAGACCUGCCAGAAGGCUGUCGAGGAGGGUCGUGAGCUCAGAGCCGAUUUCAAGGCCAUUGCUAAGGCCUUUGCACGUAUCGGUACCGCAUACGAGAAGCUUGGCGAGCUCGGCCAGGCCAUCGAGUUCUACCACAAGUUCCAGGAGGGUGACUGGCCUGGCGCCGUGGAUGCCUUCACCGAGAUGACCAAGCGCGCCCCUGAGGACCCCCGCGGGUUCUCCAACCGCGCUGCGGCUCUCAUCAAGCUGAUGGCUUUCCCCCAGGCGGUGCAGGACUGUGACGAGGCUACCAAGCGGGAUCCCAAGUUCAUUCGGGCGUACAUGCGCAAGGCGCAGGCUUUGGUGGCCAUGAAGGAGUACAACAAGGCUCUGGAUGUCUGCACGGAAGCUUCGGAGCACGACGACGGCACCCACGCCCGGGAGAUCGAGCAGCAGCAGCAGAAGUGCUUGGAUGCUCAGUUCAGCGCCCGUGCCGGCGAGACCGAGCAGCAGACGAUGGAAAGAAUCCAGAAUGACCCUGAGAUCAUGUCCAUCCUGCAGGACCCUAUCAUGCAGACCAUCCUCCAGCAAGCUAAGAGCGACCCCGCCGCCCUCCAGGAGCACAUGAAGAACUCCCAGGUGCGGAUGAAGAUCCAGAAGUUGAUGGCCGCCGGAGUCAUCCGCAUGGGUCGGUGAGCAAGCUAGUAGUGGACGGAGGCAGUGAUGAUGGGGACACGAAUUGGGGAAUUCUGUGAUUGCGAUUAUUAUCUAAUCUGUUAUGAAAAGCGUUCUCGAUGGCGCCCUCU